GUCUCUCUUCCCGCGCACCAUAGCAGAGAUCAGAUCGCGCCAGUUCACACCAGAGGCCAUGUGUGCUGCCGCUGCCCACACGUUCCCUAAGUCUAUGCUCCAGCGGACCAUUGCAGAGAUCAAAUCUCGCCAACUCACACCAGAGGCCAUGCGUGCUGCCGUGGCGCGAGUUGAUUGGUCGACAGUUGCAGCUGCAUUUGUGAAUCCGGCCAAUAGGAGCCUCGGAAGGGGGCUGCACCUCAGGCGUACUGCACUCGAGUGCAAAUUGAGACAGCUGACAGCGGCUGUGAGGCGGCACGGGGAGGUGAACUGGGCGGCUGUGGCGCUGGCGGUGGAAGGGCGGAGCGGCAGGGAGUGCUUGCAACGCUGGCAGCAUCAUCUGCGCCACGUCAGCAGAGCGGCGUGGACCCCCGAGGAGAACGACAGGCUGCGAUUGGCCGUGGGCGUCUUCGGCACUCCCCAUUGGAGGAGAAUCGCGGCCCUGGUGCCGAACCGCACCGAGGUGCAGGUUCGGGAGCGCUGGUGCAACGUGCUCGACCCGAACCUCAGGUUCGGGCCGUGGUCCGUCGAGGAGGUUCGGCGGCUGGAGGAGGCUGUGGGGAGGCAGUGGCUCAAGAUGCAUCGAAAAGGAGAGAGGCAGAAGAGACGGAGGCUAGGAGAUGCAGCAGAGGAGGCAGAUGGAGCACUGAGUGGUGUGGCGGCAACAGGGGGAGUCACACCAACAAGUGCAACAACGGCACCGCCACAUUUAGUCCCCACGCCACCACCAAAUGCAGCACAGGAGGCAGAUGGAUCGCUGGGUGCUGUGGUGGCAGCAGGGGCAGUCACACCAGCACAUGCGAUAGCAUCUCCACAUUCAGUCACAGCAUCAAUUGUUCGGGCAGCAGCACGAAGGAGGCUCGUGCGCCGGACCAAACAGGCUCGGACCGAGGCUCAGGCUCGGAAUCUGCAGCAAAUGGUGCUGCUGCAUUGGAUUCGAGGAGGGGGGUUGCCAGUUGGGUAUGGGGGAGCGAGUGGGGGAGAGGGAGGGAGUGAGGGAGGGACAAGAAGGAGUAGAGGAAUGGGAGAUGGAGAAGGUGUGAGGGAGGGAGGAGAUGUGAGGGAGGGAGAAGGUGAGAGGGAGGGAGGUGUGAUGGAGAAUGAAGGUGUGAAUGGGGAAGAGGGCGUGAGAGGUGAGGGAGAGGACGUGACUAGGAGAGAAGGAGUGAGGGGGGGAGGAGGCGUGAAAGGGGGGGAAAGAAAGGGAGGCAGGAAAGCGAGAAGGGGAGGAGUGGGAAGAAAAAUUGACAGGGAAGGGCAAGAGUCACCUGUGAGGAGCCUAAAACGGGGAAGAAAGAAACGAGGAGAGGAUGUGGAGGGGCAGGAGUCGCUUUUAAGAGCUGUCAAAAGGAGGAGAAAGGGAAGAGGACGUGAUAUGGUCGGGCAGGAAGAGGGAUCAGGGGCAGGUGGUGUGGGAGAGGAGGAAAUAGAUGUUUCACAGGGUUUAAUGAAUCAGGUGGGAAGAGGAGAGCAAGAGGAGAGGGAGGGACAGGAAGGAGGAGCGGAUCAAGAGGAUAGAGGGGGACAGGAAGGAGGGGAGGGGCAAGAGGAGAGCGGGGAACAGGAAGGAGGAGAGGGGCAAGAGGAGCGAGGAGAGGAGCAAGAGGACAGGGGUGGGCUAGGAGAUCCCAAUGGGGGAUUCACGGGAGGAGGAGGAGGAAUGGAGCGAAGCGAGGAGGGGGAAGAGCAAGGGGAGCAAAGAAUUGAAGUGAGCGUGGAGGAGGCUGGAAGAGGAGGCCGGGCAGAUGAAAACUUUCUUGGGGAAAUACAGGUCCAAGGCUCCGAACGAGAUUCUCUUAUUCCUGGUUAUGAGACGUCUCAAAUGUCUGACCCCGAGGCUAGGGCUGGAACCGGGUCGACUGAGGCAAGAAAUGGGACUUUUCAAAGCUCUACCCCAGAGGCUGUUUCUCGUGAGGCUGUAAAUGGAAGGAGGGAUGGGAAUGAACCGGAGGACAGGAAUGGGAACGGGGCAAAGACUAGGUUUGGGAACGGGCCAGAGGUUUGGAUUGGGAAUGGGCCAGAGGCUAGGGAUGCAAUGCUAAGUGGAGUUCAGGCUUGCGUGAGGAAGGCUCGGAGCAGUAAACCGGUGCGCCGAUCCAGGUUCGGUAGAGGAGGCUUGGAAGUGGCUGGGGACAGGAGGGGGUUGCAUGCAAGUGGUUUGGAUGGCUCUGAUAAAGCCAACUGCGCGGUUGGGUGCGGUGCAGAUGGUGCUAGCAGCGGCGAUGCUGGUGCUGGUGCUGUUGCUGAUUCUUCUGCAGUAGCGGAUGCAUCACUUAUAUCGAAACGGGCGAGAAAGAGGCGGGCAGACCAGGAAGAAAAUAACUCCAUGGGGUCGAGAAAGAGACGGGCAGCCCGAGAUGAGAAUGUUUCAAAAGAGAACGGGCACCUGAAGAGAGGGGCAGCAGAACGGGCACCUGAAGAGAAUGGAGGGUUGGAGAGGAGGCUGGUCGCACUCGUCCCUCCCGUCUCUCAUCGCUCCCGCUCUUCCCGUCGCCCUUAUUGCAUCUGUCCUGGGCGCCGCUCCCGUCACUCCCGUCCCAGUCAUGCCUUCUGUCCCUCCUCCGUCCCUCCCGUCCUUCCCGUUGCGGACGUAAGUCCCGUCCCUCCCGUCGCCCAACACCCUCCGUCCCUUCCGUCCCGCGCUUCGCUUCCGUCCCGCAUUCGCUCCUGUCGUUCUCCUCCCUCCCGUCCAUCGCUUACCUCUCCGCCGCUCGUCAUCCGUCCCUCACUCGAUCCGUCGCGCACUCCCCCCGUCGCUCGAACGAACCCACUGCCCAAACAGGGCAAUCGUCUUGCGUCAGCUGAUGACCUAGGUCCAGUCGCUCACACACUCCCGUUCCGCACACUCACUCUCGCCGCUCACGUACUCCCGUCCCUCAAUGCGUCCUGUCGCUCACACACUCUCUUCCCGUGCUCACUCACUCCGUCGCUCGCUCACCUUGUAGCGCGCGGCACUCCCGCCUGUCUCCACACCACGGUUUCAGUUCUCCUGCCUGGACCGCAUCCUUUCAUUUCCGCAUGCAGUCACAUCAAUGGCUCUGCCAUCUGUUCGUCGUCGCGCUUCUCCGCGUCUUCCGCCUCCAAUCCUCCUUUCCCUCUCAUUCCCUCUCCUCCUUUCCCUCUCAGUCCCUCUCCUCCUUUCCCUCUCAGUCCCUCUCCUCCUUUCUCUCUCAGCCCCUCUUCCCUUUCCCUCUCAGCCCCUCUCCUCCUUUCCCUCUCAGCCCCUCUCCUCCUUUCCCUCUCAGCCCCUCUCCUCCUUUCCCUCUCAGCCCCCCUCUCAGCCCCCUCUCCUCCUUUCCAUCUCAGCCCCUCUCCUCCUUUCCCUCUCAGCCCCUCUUCCCUUUCCCUCUCAGCCCCCUCUCCUCCUUUCCAUCUCAGCCCCUCUCCUCCUUUCCCUCUCAGCCCCUCUUCCCUUUCCCUCUCAGCCCCUCUCCUCCUUUCCCUCUCAGCCCCUCUCCUCCUUUCCCUCUCAGUCCCUCUCCUCCUUUCCCUCUCAGCUCCUAUCCUCCUUUCCCUCUCAGCCCCUCUCCUCCUUUCCCUCUCAGCCCCUCUCCUCCUUUCCCUCUCAGCCCCUCUUCCCUUUCCCUCUCAGCCCCUCUCCUCCUUUCCCUCUCAGCUCCUCUCCACUUUUCCCUCUUCUCACGCUGCUUCCCCGCUUCGUCCCCCACUCCCCUUGUCAUUCCUUCCGUUUCCCCCAUGCCCAUUUCCCUCCAUUUACCCCAUUGUCUUACUCACUGUUUCAUCCGUGCCCGAUUCUUCCCUUCCCGUCACCAUGCUUACCCUCCCAUCCUCCCUCUCUGUUGUCCUUGCUUCUGCUGCAUCCCUACCCUCUUCAAUUUUACACCCUACACCCUUUCCUCCUCUGUCCUCCCUCUCCUCACUGCUUUUCUCCUCCCAUCCCUCUCCCUCUCUCCUUCCGUCUCUCUCCGACGCAUAUCGCCCAUCCCCAUGCUUUCCAGGAAUCCCCACAUUCCGCCCAAUGUCCGACGUCUAUCCUCACAUUCCUCUUCGCCUCCCUCAUCCCAUCCCUCACCACUUCCCUCCCUCCUCCAAUCCCUCUCCAUUUCCCUCCCUCCUCUCAUGCCGUCAAACACUCAUUCCAUCACAUACUUAUUCUGUCAAACAUUCGUAUGCCCUGUUUCUCCCUCUGUUUCCCCUUGUCCUUCCCUCCGUUUCCCCCCUUGUCCCUCCCUCCCUCCCCCCUUGUCCUUCCCUCUGCCCUCCACCCCUUCCCUCCCUCCCUCCCUCCCUCCUCCCGUGCCUCCCCGCCCGUCUCCACCUCACAGCUCCGUCUUCUCUCGAUUCCCAUCCCUCCUUUCUCCGCCUACGUCCUCCCAUCACUCACUCACUCGCUAAAUUCAUUUGCCGCUCGACACCUCGUCGCCCACGCGCUGCUCCCACUGCGCCCCACGCUGCUUCCCCACAUUCCCUCCCACUCCCCUGUCCUUUCGCUUCUCACAUGCCCAUUUCCCCGGGCCCGCUGCCCUCGCUCGCCUCACUCCUCUCCUCCUCGCCUCUGCUCCACCCUUAUUCCCACACCACCACUCCCCUUCCCUCCCUUCAAAUGUCCUCCCUUCUCACUCCAAGCGAUUUGCCCACCUCGCUUCCCCCGCCCGUCGCCCUCGCUCUUCCCGCGCACCACCUCCUCCCCGCCCGUCGCCUCGCCUCCUCCCUGCCCGUCGCCUUUGCUUCCUCCGCCCGCCCUCGCUUCUCCCCUCCCGUUGCCCUCGCUUCCCAUACCCGCCGCCCUCGCUUCCCCCGCCCGUCGCGUACCGCAUCUUCCCCGCCUACCACCCUCGCCUCGCGGGUCGCCAUCGCCGCCUCCCCCUCCCGUCGACCUCGCUUUCCCCCUCCCGUCGACCUCGCUUUCCCCCUCCCGUCCACCUCGCUUUCCCCCUCCCGUCGACCUCGCUUUCCCCCUUCCGUCGACCUCGCUUUCCCCCUCCCGUCGCCCUCGCUUUCCCCCUCCCGUCGCCCUCGUUUUCCCUCCCCAUCGCUCGCCGAGUCGACCUCUCCUCUCCCACCUGUCGCUGCGUCAACAUUGUUCUCAUUCCCGCCGCUGACGUCUUCGUCGAGCGUCCCCUCUUCUUCGCCCUCGCUUCCUUCCUCCGUCGCCCAUGCCCAUUCCCCUCCCUCGCGCCGACGCCCUGGUUUCCCGCCCCGCCGCCUUCUCUACCCUUCCCAGUGCCCUGGUUUACCACCUCUUUUUUUCCCCACCCAAAGCUUCACUCUCACCCACUUCGUGGUGUUCCCCCCUGUUCACUCCCUUUCCCCAUGCCCACCCUCAUCCCCUUGCUCACUCCGCGCUCGCCUGCGGGCCUCAUCACGACGUCCGCCCGCCCUCUCACACUCGCCACGCCUCCCCACGCACCCUUCCUCAUAA